AUGCAGAUGGAACCAUGGCGGAAACGAGGGUUUGUCCCAGACUCAGACGAGGAUGAUGGCUUCGAUUCCCUUGACACGGGCCCCGCGGCGAUUGACAAUGCAAGUGAUGCAAGCGACGAAAUCGACCUCGAUUACAUCCCCCUCCCUACGGCGACGUCCAAUCUCGAGCAGCGCCCUGAGGAUACCGGAGAUUCAGAGUUGCGGGAUGCGAUAGAACCCGCCGAGGGGCAUACUGACGGUGAAUCGGCGGAAGGCUCUCAAGAACUGGUGGAUUUGGUUUCAACGCCUCCAAAAAAGAAAGGGUUAUCCACCAAACAGGGCUCGGAGCCUGCGAGUGCAGCAAAAGAGCCCCCAAAAUCUGUUUCAUUGGAAGAACAGCCUACGAAGCUACGACGAGCGACCCGAACGUAUGGGAAACGACACUCAACAACGAAAACGCCUGAUGGAAACACCAAUGAACCACGCCGCAAUGUGCUGGCAGACCUUGACGAUAGUAUAUGGGAUCUUCCUAGUUCGCCAGCGACGCAAGUAAGGCCUGGCCGAAAGUCUAUAAGCCCGGAGGUUACCCCAAAGCCUUCUAUACCUGCCCAGAGUCUGCAGUCUCAUGCCGCUAAAGAAUCUGACGCCUGGAGCGACCAUCAAUUGAGUGAGAUAGGGAGGUCGCGAAGCUCUUCGCCGGAUGAACUCGCCUUCAUUCUACCACCACCACCACCACCUCCUCCACCGCUCAUGGCAUCCAUUGCAACCAAGAAACAAUUCGAGGAUGCUGAACCACGAGGGUUCCCAGAGGUCUCGGAUGAUGACUCUCCUUUGUCGUCGCCUCCAUCAUCCCUUCACUCGCCGCCUCCGGCUGCGGACGAGGAUGAGAGGGGUGCCGCCCCAGCGGCAAUGCAGCUAGAAAAUCCGAAUCCAACUGCACCAGACUUCGAAAUUCCCGAGAACAUUCUGACAGAGCUGGCUCAACCAGUGCGGAGGUCCUUUCGCGAGCGCAAUGCGAUUCAAUUACACCCCUACGCCUUGGAAAUGGCCAAGUAUCAACGCCUGAUGCAAGAACGAGGCAUUCGACCGGUUCGAAUGGCCAUGCCAGCAGAAAAGAAUAAACAAUCUGAGAAAACGGAUGAAAGGCAGGAAAACGAUGAUUUUGAUCCUAGCAGACUUCGUUCAAGCCCUCCUCCAGAAGAGUUUCUUCCUCCAGUUAGGUCUGCACGGCGUCAUGAAGGUAAUCCCACUGGACAGCCAACUCGGCAGCGUGAUCAUCAGCACUCUCCUCUUCACCGAGUGCAUUCACAAAAACGGAGAAAGAAGUCACAUUCAGGUCAUGAGCGUGAAGCCAGACGUUCACCUGAGUACCAUGCAACGCCCCAGGUUGUCAUAAACGCCAGAAAUACGCCAGAUAAUCGACAGGGCCCCUCUAUAUUCGACAUACCGUCCAGCCCGCCACAUUCACGAAGUGUUUCGUCAUCAAAAACACCACGAGCAUCAGAGGGUCUGCGGUUCGCGUUGGGGUAUACACCACCUCCGACUACGACCAUGGGCGAAGAGUCAAAUUCGACGACACCAGUUGUGGGUGAAUCUAGUAGGAGACAUACGGACCACCAAGGCUCGAUUAUUCAGAUCGAUGAUGACUCAGACUCGCAACAAUCGCGAGAAUCCACAGUUGAGCCCGAAGAAAGUGCAGAGGAUCGUCGGAUUCGGGAAAUGCAACGGAGGACUAGAGGUGUCCUUCCUGCAUCCUGGGUGAGGCUCAAUGCCGAAAAAUCUGAGAAGCACAAAGCGGGACAGAGUAAUCGACAUGUUCCCGUGAGGAUAGACGGCAAAGGCGUUGCCAAGAAGAUUACUCGAAAGCCCGAACAAGCAGGGAGAGCGAACGGCCCGGGUCGAGCCUUGUUUGAUUUCGCAGACUUUGAUGAGAGUGAGGAUGAUGACGACCAAAGCACCAAUAUCUCUCCCCCUCUCAAUAAGGACUUCGAGGAACGAUCGGCGGGGAGAGUUGAACUGGAAAAUGCGUUCGAUCGAGAUGGAGACGCUAUGGAGGACAACCGGAUUGAUUACAUGCUUGCACCGGUCUCUCGCAAACAAUCCGGUCCCCGCGAGAAGCGGAAGAGCCUGAAACGAGUUAAAUCGAAGGAAAGUUCAGGUCAGACCGAACGCCGCCUAAAGAAAGCUCGCUUGCAAAGACAAACGAGACUUACCGAUUCCUCCUACGGAGGGCGUCGAAUGAAGCAGACUUCAUCAAGAUCAGCUCCACGAUUAGGUAUUUUGGAUGCUCCCGAUGUGGCUGCUAGGCCUCGUGAAGAACUGCCACAAUUUCUACGAAUUGCUGCAAGGGGAGCUCGAUCGCGGCGAGAUCAGGGUCGUCAAAGCCCGACUCGGAAGUUUGUGCAGCUGAGCUCAAGAGUGGACACAGCCGACGCAAAUCAGUCUUUGCCGGACUGGAAAAAAGGAGCAAUACCUCGAGCAAGGACCACUCGAGCUCCAUCUAAGCCUCGCAAGCGCGAGACGCUCUCGGGUCUUUCAUCUGGCCCUGGCCGCGCUGCGCCUGUUGUCCGGAGCUCUCAUAUCACGAAUCAUUUCUCUGUUGCCAAUAUUGAGAUUCUGUCAGAUCAUGACGAUUCACCUGUGCCUGCACCGGCUCCAAUCAGGAGUCCUUCGGUUCCUGUCGAGCUCGCCGUUUCUCAAAGUGCAAAUGCCAACCCUGUGCCACCUGCACAGUCGGAACGACGAGGCCAUCAGUGGAUUGUUCAAAGAAAUAUGCCGAUAACAUCACUGCGACGAAAUGAUCCAAGGCCCGCUCCAACAAGCCUAGCAGCGCCUACUGGAAACCAGUCGGCCUCGAAGGACAUGUUCAGGAGGUCUUUGACAUUGCUCAAUCGCAGGUACCGACACGAAAAUUCCUCUCGGGCCUUUCAAUCUAGCCUGACCCUCGAUCGGUACAUUUCUGAUAAAGGCACACUGUCUUCUCCAACUCUGCUGAAGCCGUCUUCUAUGGCCCCCGGGGACAUCGACAUCAGGACAUCAGAUCCCAAAUCCCUACCAGCUCGGCGUCGUCUGAAGAAACACCGACCCACUCGCAUUAAUCUUGAAUCGGACGAGUUUGUCCAGAACCAAGCCCUUAUUACAACAAUCUCUGACGAUUGGGACUCUCCAACAAUCACUCACUCCGCUCCUGCUGGGACAUCGACCUUCAGUCUUGGGGGAUUGGUGAAUUGGCAACGCUCGUAUUCCAUUGACUUUGGGGUACUGCCCUUACAUGACGGUACCUUUUUCCAUGAGUCUACAUUCAUAGGCAGUGGCGAAAUCUCUCGCUCAUUGCAUAUCGCAAAGCGAGACAUGGACAAGGAGGCAGGUUUCUCGUCAAUAAAUGCCAAAGAUCGGAUAUUGCAAUGGGGAGCGUGGAACGAAAGGGUUUCUUCGGAAAUGGGAUCUGUCUUCGGCAUGAUUCUGGACGGCAUUGAAAAGAAUGCAUCGUCAUCGCCGGCAAGCAAUGCAGGACCAGACUUGCUGGCUGUGUCUCAUGCAUACCGAUCGAUCAUUACCUAUGUGACGGAGCAUUUGUCGUUCACUGACCCGGUCGAUCGAACAAGCUUCAUUCCCCGAGCCACGGGACUAAUCUCUUCGUUGAGGGAUCCGCUGACUGCUUUCAUCGCUGGAGGUGAAUACAACCAAACUGGGCUUGUGCGGAUUGCGUGCUACAAUCUGCUAUUUGCCAAUCAGAUCCGUCAAAUUUCUUCUCACAAGCUUGUUGGAAGUGGGCUUGCCGGCGAUGCCGUGGAUCUUGUCAAGAUUUGUGCUACAGACACUAUUGCAUUGAUUCUAUCUGAACCCGGAAUCGCCGAGAUCCGACGCCUUUUCGAGGAAAACAAGAAGCCUGAGCAGCGAGAGUCCGGUCUUCGUGAACAAUUCCCUACAGCAGAAGCUUACUUGAUCACCGAGUCCCUUUUCCGCAGUUCGGACGCGCUGGCUGGGAUAUUUAAUGAUCUCCAAACCGAUUCUUGCACCAAGAAUAUCGCUCGCAACGACAGGGAUGUUGCUCGCAUCGAGACGGGGUGGUGUCGAUUGUUCUCCCUUCUCCCCUUCAACGAUAUCGAUAAUCAUGGUAUUGCCCGACGAGCGAACCGUUUCAAGGCUGCGCAUGACAAUUGGUCGCUCGUUAAGAAGCUUCUAUCUCCCGCACUGGACAAUUAUGGCACCAACUCUGCAACCCAGCCCAUUUCAUACAAUGUCUACUGCCGAGUACUCUUUCAAAGAUGUCAUCGCUUGAUAAAUACCUGGGGGUGGAGAGAGUGCCGGCCUAUACUCGAUACACUCUACGACUUCUUUGCACAAAAUACUCUGUAUAACUUGAAGCUCGAGGAAAGUCGCGGGUCUCCUUCGUUCCUCGAUGAACUCGAUCAAACUCCAUCACUGGAUUUGCAACCCGGGGAGCCGUGCUUUCACACAUUGCUCAAGAUUAUUGCAAGUGGUCUGCGCUUUUUAUCCGAGCGAUAUCACGCCAAGAAGGUUCGAAACUUUGCAUGGCGCCUGUUGCCAAACCAUGGCCGCGUGUACCCGAAAGAGAAGCCCCUGCGUCGUGAAGAUCUUGAUGCAUUGAGAAACCACCAUGAUCUCCUCUGUACGUUGUAUUGGGUGAUCCCUCCCGGAUUACGAUUUCGAGUGGAGAUCAUCCGUGAUUUGGUUCAUCCAGCUAGCUCGCACAAUGAGACGUGUAGCAUUAACCUUCGUGCGUGGACAAGACUUGUCCGUUUCAAGUUGUCAACAAACGAAGACAUGUCAGAACUGGAGCCGUUCGCCAACUGGCACAGCUUUUUCGUGAGUGAGCUUAGACAACAGCACGCGCAUGCUCGAAAGGAGAUUGAGGCGCAGAGCAAGAAUGGCGAGAAAGUCUCUCAACAUCUCAUUGAAAGUACUAUCGCCCAGAAUCAGCGACCGAUUGAGAACCUCUUGUCCAUGGCACUGAGUGGCCUCCGAACGGCCGUUGAGCGAGCACCUUCAAUUGAGCAUGCGCUGCGCCUCAUUUCGAAGACACCCUUUGAGUCUCUGCUCGGGCUUUUCAACCCAAAGCUGGCACGAGUAAAUGUGGUCGUGUCAGAUGCGUUGCAGGUGAUUGUGGCUUACACUCAGAAGGAUCCUGCAGUUGCAUUGGGCGCUGUUACGCAGACAGCGCCCGCACCUGCCGUUUCAACGGAGGAUGAUAGCCAAGAAUUCGAGGACGUUGACUGGGACGAAAGUCUUGAUCAUGCCAUGGUACAGCCAGAACCACCGAGUGAGGGUGUUCAGUAUGUUGAGAAAGUCCUUCAUUCUGUUGUUUCCCGUCUGCUCUCGAAUUGUUUCGGUGAGGACCACUGCCCCGAAGAUGCAAUUCUUACGAGUGUUGUGGAUUGCUGGACAUCGGUUGCCCAGGUCAUGGUCUUCCACAAGCUGAGACAGUGGGAUAAUUACAUGGAUCCUGUCAGUGUUGAGUCUUGGGCCAGUCUUCGGGAGACGGUACAGACACGGAAAUUCACACCACGUUUCCUGGCUGGAUGUAUCGAGAAAGACGGCCGUAUCCUCUCUGACAGUCGAGUCCUUGUCAUGGGUAUGUGGAUGUCUUGCUUGGUGGAGCGAUCUUCAAUGUUGAAGUACCAGCAUCGUCUCACCGAGGCAAUGUUGAACGGAAGUCCCCAUGAUCCUUUGCUGAAGAACCUUCCUUUCUACAAGGACAAGAAAAGUGAGCGAUACAUCAUCACUCUCGAAGAGCUCAGUUGGCGGCGAAUCUCUCUCCUAUCGAGCAUUUUGUCGAACAUGCGCGAGCAUGUGCUGAGCCUUGAAGCAUUGGACAGUCCAGACUUGAAUGUCGUCAAACAAGAUUAUUCCGAAAUGCUCAAGAGACUGAUGACCGCUAUGCGAAGUAAUUAUCAAGAACUUGGCAAUGGAGCCGUGGAAUCUGCUCAGGGCGCAUAUGUCGAUUUUGUGCAUCGUAUCAUCAGGUUUUUGCAAGAACUAACGAGCGAUAUCCGUCCCGUCGAUCCCUUCUUCACGGACCCGGCGGUGUUCCCCUUGCCAUCCUCGGACCCGCGCUACAUUGUUGCAAAAUUGAAGCGUUACGAGCCCAAGUUGUCCUCCAGUAAGGAAUUGCAGACCUUGACCAUGUUCAUCCAAAGUAUCGUCGAGAGAGCGACUAUGGAUGGCCAACACGACCAUCUAGUCAGUCAGCUACACUCCGCUAUGAAAGAUAGCUACGAGUCGGGAUUGCUCCACAAACCCACCCUUCGGGCUGUUCUCCUGCAAUGUGUAUUCCCAGCAUACAUUGAACUCGCCUUUAGUAACUCGACUGCUUGGUUGCUUGGUCUGCCGAUCAUCAAAAGUAUCUCCCUCGUUUUCAAGGACAUGUUGUUCAACUUGAACACGAUGGAUUCUGCUUGCGUCUCCUCUGUCUUGAGAAUUCUCGACGCCGUCUUCCAAGCAACGCAUCAAGCACUUCGCCCUCUCUCCAAUCGGUCGGCUCGACGUAGAGAUCCCGUCGUCUUGAUGAUGCUCACUGCUUUCGCCGAUAUGAUAUCUUCAUCGCUUGUCGUGGUCGACUACAUCGACCGUGUAACCGAUGCCGCAGAAGGUGUACUCUCAUACAUCGAGUGGUUCCGGGAAUUCUUCGUAGCUGAAUCCACGUUGGAUGCUGCGGUCGCCAGAUCGACGGUCCUUUGGCCCUCUAUGCUCUCUUCGGAUGGCGCAACCAAUGACUUGCCUCCACAACUGGCUACCGCUCGGCGGCUUGCAUUCGAGGAUCAUCAGUCUUGCCUUAGGAACUGGUCAUUCCACGAUAGAAAGUACUAUUACACUCGCCCUGGUCAUGACUCGAAACUUGUCACCAUCGAGCCCGAGACCGCUGCCUUUAUCGAGAACGGGGGUUCGGCGAGACUGGAGUUUGAGGAUGCUGUCGCAGAUUUCGUCGACCGUCUUGAACAGUUCAACUUGUGUCCGGAAUGA